GUGAGUUGGUAAGAGUGUGGUAGUGAGGGAGGCAGUGGACGCCAUCACACUACACAACAAAAUGUCGGAAGACGUAGACGGCCCAGAUAAAAUUAAUGCAGCUCCUGGAGAUUCCGGAAACGCAGAAGGCGAUAAUGAUGGGGGUUCUGGACCACCGAUGUCCAUGCGAGGAGGAAGAGGGGGAUUCAGAGGGAGAGGAAGAGGCUUUGGACCAAUGGGACCAAUGGGCCCAAUGGGGCCAAUGGGUCCGAUGGGUCCAAGAGGACCAGGUGGACCAGGUCCUGGUGGCCCACGUUUUAGAGGCAGAGGAGGGCCAGGAUUCAGACCCCCUCCACCAGGAUUUAGGGGCCCUCCGCCAUUUGGGCCCCGUGGACCAAGGUUUGGUCCACGGGGGCCACCACCUCCCUUUGAUCCUAAUUGGGGACCUAUGCCUCCUCCACCUCCAGGCAUGGGUGGCCCCAUGGGCCCUCCAGGCAUGCCUCCGAUGGGACCAAUGGGUCCAAUGGGGCCCAUGGGACCACCAGGUCCGUGGGGACCAAUGGGGCCACCUGGGCCAGGUGGUCCACCUAACCAACAGCCCAAUCAAAAUCAAAACUCAUUAGGAGGCAUGGACCUUAGCGGUGAGAUUUGGGUGGAAACCAAGACCGGAGAGGGGAAAUCCUACUACUAUAAUGCACGCACCAGAGAAACUACAUGGACCAAGCCAGAGGGCGACGGUGUUAAAAUAUUAACACAGCAAGAGGUAGAAGCUAUGGCUCAGGCAGCAGGUGUGACACCUCCAAGUCAGGGUGGUAACAAUAGUGGACCACCAAAUGCAGGUGGUGGAGGUAACAACAAUAGUGGCAACAACCAAGGUCCAGGUAGUGGCAGUAAUGGGCCGCCAAACCAAGAAAACGGUGAAAAGGAAGAUGAUGACGACGGACCUGGCAGUGGCUGGCAGGGACCACCGGGCCAGUGGGGACCUCCGGGUGUGGGUAUGGGUCCACCUCCAGGUGGGCCACCAUUUGGUAUGCCUCCUGGUGGCCCUUUUCCUGGGGGUCCAGGUGGGCCUCCUCCUUAUGGUGUACCUCCAGGACCACCAGGAUUUGGUCCAGGGUUUGGCUCGGGUUUUGGUCCUGGUCCAGGUCCUGGCUGGAAUGGUUAUCCUGGUCAUGGCAUGCCUCCUGGACCCCCAAUGGGCCCUCCAGGUUGGGGAAUGCCACCACCUGGUAUGGGAAACAUGCCACAAGGUGGCAUGCCAGGUCCUAUGGGUGAUCAGCAACAGCAACCUCCACAGCAACAGCAGCAGCAACAACAGCAACAGCAGCAGCAGCAGCAACAACAGCAACAGCAGCAGCAACGACAGCAACAACAGCAGCAACAGCAGCAGCAGCAGUCAACGCAGCAGCAGCAACCUCAGCAACAACAGCAUGAACCAGAACCAUUAUCAGGACCAGAGAGCAACAGCAGUAUUCCUGGUAGUAACAGCAACAGUGGUCCAGGUAGUGACAGUAUGGUAAAAGCUACAAACAGUGGUGUUGUGGUUGCUAGCAGUACAACAGUUGUCACCCAAGGAGCACCCUCGUCAUCUGUAGAUGACUCCAAUUUAGAUCCAGAAAUGGUAGCACAGGCUGCUCAUUGGACAGAGCACAAAGCUCCUGAUGGAAGGAAUUAUUACUACAAUUCUAAAACACAAGAAUCUGUCUGGGAAAAACCUCAAGCUAUGAAAGAUUUAGAAGCUGCAAGGUUAGCAUUAGCACAGGGCAUUACAUUAUCGGUGAACUCUGGUCCUGGGGCACCUGGCACAGAGGCAGAUCCUCCAGAAAAUAACUCCACUAAGGUGAAUGGAGAAGAUUCAACUUCUCCUGAUGACAAAAACACAUCAAUGGAGGUUGACAAUGAUGACUCAAAAGAUGGUGAAACAGAUGAUCAGAAAAGUCAACAAGACCUUAGUCGACCAGUAUCUUCUCAGCCAGUCUCUGGCACUCCUUGGUGUGUUGUGUGGACUGGUGAUGGUAGAGUCUUCUUUUAUAAUCCUACAACCAAAACAUCUGUUUGGGAGAAGCCACCUGACCUUGUAGAUCGAGCAGAUGUUGACAAGAUGGUAAAUAAUCCUCCAGCGGAAGUUGUAAGUUUGAAGAACAAAGCUGAAGAACCAUCAAAGGAUGAGCCUUUGUCCAAGAAACCACGUACAGAUGCCCCUUUGACAACUAUGACGACUACAACUACUGCCACCACUACUACCACACACCCAACCAUCAUAAGUGUAGUAGACCAGUUGGCCUCAGUUGGCCAUGGAAGCUCUGCCAUGGGGCAGCAUGUGAAGGAAGAGGUGAAACGCAUUGAUAUUGGGAAGGAAGCUGCAAUUGAAGCAGAGGUGAAAGCAGCUCGUGAACGAGCCAUCGUUCCCCUAGAGAUUCGGAUGAAACAGUUUCGUGAUCUUCUGGCAGAAAAGGGGGUUUCUGCCUUUAGUUCAUGGGAAAAGGAACUCUCCAAAAUUGUGUUUGAUUCCCGUUACCUUCUACUUACAUCACGUGAAAGGAAACAGGUGUUUGAGAAGUAUGUAAAAGAGCGUGCAGAGGAGGAACGUCGAGAGAAGCGAAACAAGCUGAAGGAGCGAAAGGAUGAGUUCCGUAAGUUACUGGAGGAGGCAGGACUUAAUGGGAAGUCAUCAUUUAGUGAUUUUGCAGCCAAAUUCAGCAAGGAUGAUCGUUUCCGGAACAUAGAGAAGAUGCGAGAGAGGGAGAGUUUAUUUGACGAGUUCCUGCUGGAGGUUCGUCGUCGCGAGAAGGAGGAAAAGGCUGCUAAACGUGAACAGAUUAAGAAGGACUUCUUCACCAUGCUUAAAGAGGCAGACAUUGAUCGCCAUAGCCGGUGGUCUGAUGUUAAACGUAAAGUUGAUAAUGAUCCUAGAUAUAAAAUUGUGGAAUCUGGGGUUCAGCGUGAGGACUGGUUUCGUGAUUAUAUGAUUAAGAUUAAAGAAGAACGAAGACGUUCUCGUGAUCGUUCAAGGACCCGUGAUAGGGAUAGGGAAAGGGAACGUGACAGAGAUCGGGAGCGAGACAGAGAACGCCCUGAACGAGAUCGGGAUCGUGGUGAGAGGGAGCGUGAGAGAGAGCGAGGAGAAAAGGAAAGGGAAAGAAGAAGCAGAGAGUCCCGUGACCGUAGCAAGGAACGAGAGAGGUCUGAUCGUAAAGAAAAGAAGAAGGAAAAGAAGGAUAAAGAGAGAGAGAAAGAGAAGGACAAAGAGAGGGACCGAGAAGAAAAGAAAGAAAAAGAUAAAGAUAAGGACAAAGAUCGAGAGAAGGAUGAUUUGGAAGCUAUUCAAGACAUGGGGGAGGAUAUGGAGGACACUCAUAAGAGCGAGGUUAGGGGAACAAAGUUGGCUAGCAUGGGUGAAGAUACAGGUAGUGAUGGGCCUGAUGAAGAGCGUGAGGAUGGGGAAGCGAAUGAAGCAGCUGAGGAAGAGGAGCGGGAAAGGCAAAGGAGGAUUGAGGAGUCCUUGAGGAAGAGAGAAGAGGAGGUUCAGAGGGCUCUUGCAGGACAUCUUCGAGAUCGUGAUAAGGAGCGUAUGCAGCACAAGCAUGAUGAAGCCGUUCAUAAUUUUAAUGCAUUAUUAGCAGAUUUGGUGCGAAGCACUGAUUACACUUGGAAAGAAGCAAAAAAAUCACUUAAGAAAGACUCGCGCUGGGAAUCUGCUGGAGCCUUAGAGCGUGAAGAGAAGGAGAAGUUAUUUAAUAAUCAUGUGGAAAAUCUAACAAAGCGCAAGCGAGAAAAGUUCAGAGAACUUCUGGAAGAAUUACCAGAGGUGAACUUGGACUCAAAUUGGAAAGAUCUGAAAAAAGAACUUAAGGAUGAUCCACGGUAUACAAAAUUUUCAUCAUCUGAUAAGAAGUGCGAGAGGGAGUUUCGUGAAUACUUAAAAGAUAAACUGGUAGCAGCUAAAGCUGACUUCAGGGAACUGCUUAAAGAGACAAAAAGCAUUACUCAUCGGUCAUUAAAGAUGUGUAGUGAGGGGGAACAGCACAUGCGUGACGUGGUAGAAGUUUUGCGCAAGGAUCGCCGCUACCUUGUGUUAGACUGUCAACCUGAAGAGAGGUCAAAAAUUUUAAUGGCUUACAUGGAAGAGCUAGAAAAGCGGGGACCCCCUCCUCCACCCACAGCAUCAGAACCCACUAGACGGCAUGGAGAGGAGGGGUCUGUGCACCAGAGGUAAUAUUGCUGUCUCUAAUUUACGGGCUUCAAAAGAAUUGACACUAGCUUCAUAAAUUUUAUUUUAUUUAUCACAGUUAUUUUUAAUAGAGCCUUAGAAAUUGAGCAAUUUAAACUGUUGAUAGGGGUCUUUGGAAUAAAUUGAGUUUUGGUUAGUUUUUAAAAGAAUGCAUAGAUAGAAGUACUGUAUACUAUAGUGCAGGUGUGAAUAAAGUGAGACAGUGUAGUUCAUUACAGUUGUUUGUAUGAAUAAAUGAUUGUAUCAUUCAAUAGUAUAAUUGUUAUGAAGUGUUUUGAUAAUUAUCAAGUAAUGCUUAACUUUAUUUUUGUUGUGGAUUGAAUGGUUGUAGAUGUCUGCAAAUGCAUUUUAUAAUUUAGUCAAUAUCACACGUUUUAUUCUUACAUUCGGCCUGUAUGUGUGGAGGAUUUACCUCUUGUAUGGUAAACAAAUAAAAAUGUGAUAGAUAC